GACAGACAGUGAGACGGAGAAUACGUUCAGUUCAGUUUUUAGUUUGUCAAGAUGUCUGCAGAUUCUGUCGCUGCGCCACGUUUGAAUGUGAGCUAUAACAGAAACUUCCAAGAGAACAGCAGAGAGGAAGAGAAAGAGGAGAGUCAGGUGGAUAUCUUAGAGGAUGAAGAGAAUCAUGCUGAUCUUGGGCCACAAAGAGCCAGACCACACACUCAAAACAACCCUGCAGCCAACAACAGAAGGUGUUUCAAAGCUACUGCAGUGACUCUGGGAGGGUUUUAUCUUCUGACAUUGUCUGGACUCUUCAUUCGCUUCACUUUGCUGCAGACCAGAUACAACCAAUUGAGCAACAACCACAGUCAUCUACAGGAUGAAGUAAAGCAGCUGAAGAACAGAACUGAAGAUAAAAGCUGUCCUCAUGGAUGGACGAGAUUUGGAUGCAGUUGUUACUUUAAAUCUAAAGAGAAGGACUAUUGGGAUGGAAGCAGAGCUGACUGUAAGAAGAGAGGAGCAGAUCUGGCCGUCAUAAACAAUGAAGAGGAACAGAAGUUUGUCUCUGAGCUGAGUAAGGAUGGAGAGUCCUGGAUUGGUCUAUGGGAUGAAAGGAGACAAGCAGAAUGGAAAUGGGUGGACGGAUCACUGCUGACAGAAACGUUCUGGGCAGCAGGUCUGCCUCUCUAUGACACUUACCUGUCCGCUGCAACAUGCUGCGAUCAACAAGGAAAAUGGACACAAAAUAGAUAUUAUGAAACUAAGAAGAGGAUUUGUGAGAAAAAGAUUCUCUGAAUUCUUUAAUGAUAGAGAGGUGUGUAGUGUUGGGAUCAGCUUUGUCAAAUCACACCAAUUCUUUAAAGGGGUGAU